AUGCGCGAAUACCGGCUGCACUUGAGAUUUCUGGGGAGGGUGGUUCGUCAAACGAUUGCUCUGGCCACUGAGGCACUCACGGCAUUUCUAGUCUGUAUAAUCCUGUUUCCGCAGCAGGACCUUGUGGUAAAGUGGGAGCAUCUUCAUUUAUGUGAUGACGCCAACUGUUGGCUUAAUGCACAAGUGCCACUCCCAACAGGUUUGGUUCUGCAAGUUGCAGCACUGCCCAAAGUGGAGCUGCUUGAGGUUCUUUUUGCCGGCAACCACAGCCUAGCGAGCGAUUAUGGAGUUUCCUACGAGCCGUACGGCAUGUAUAUGGAUUCGGGAGAACCCUAUUCGGAGCCACUAUUAAUUGAUGCGACAGACUCUGGCUCUAUUCACAUAGUUUACCAUCAUUGCCCCUACACCGACGCGGCAUUGCGUGGCUGGAGGUUUGACGGCAACUCAUUUGUCACUGCCAAUCCUGAUGAGACCCCUCUUCUGCUCAAAAGACGGCAAAAAAUGUGUGUUGCUAGGAGAGUGGAGCUUCGCAGUGAUGGUGAACCAGAAGGAUCAGAAUUAACUCUGACGGCAGGUGAUCGUCAGGAGCCGAGAUUUUUUGGAUACAGAAUAGACGAGCAAGGCUACAUAGCCUACUUUGUUGCUUUUACUCGUAUGCUACCUUCUGCAUGCGUUUAUCUUAAGUGCUGCGUUGCCAACUCCAAUCUUCCAUGCGAAAUUGUCUUUUAUGAUGUACGAGCUCCUGAUAUCUUGUCACGCUUCGAGCAAGUUGUUGGUUCCCCUUCUGUAACCCUCAGUCAAGAAUGUCCUCUAUGCCUACACAACGGCGGAGAAGAUGGAGUUCCUCUUGAAUAUUUCACUUCAAUUGAAGAGAACCAACUCUCGCAGGACUGUCCAAACCUUACUCCUCACACAUAUGGAGAUUCAUUUGUGUUUCUUGGACCGGGAAAGGAUGGAAGUCGCGUACACAAGCACUUUGCCAUCGGUUCUCUCAGCAACACGUUGCAAAUAAGGGAGUUCGGUAGAAUGACUCAGGUUUCUGUGCAGUAUCCCAACAAUCUGUGGCUUUCGCGGUCUGGUGCCUUCCACGAGAACUUUUACCCACCAGAGGCAGUGAGAAGCUAUUACAUCGUGCGGGGUGCCGAGUAUACGGUUGCAGACGACAGCAGGAAGAAACUUCAACAGGUACUGUUUUACUAUGACUCACUGUCAAACGCUCAGGAAAAUAAGGGGGCAUCCUUCAUUUCAAGUCUCAAAAAUCCUGAGGUGGCAACUACCAAAAUUCCAGACGCCAUUUUUGCUGAGCAUCCAACAGCCAACGAUAUGACAUAUUUCUACAGCAAUCCUUUAGACAGCCCUAUACGAUUUGUUGCAGGGGGUGGAUUUCAGUUGCCAGCAGGAAAGUUUGUUACCCCCGCAGCAAUUAAAGGUUUUUGCGUUGCACCAGUGUUCUAUGACCAGUGGGCCGUGAUCAUUGCUCUCGAGGAGCCAGUAGCAGUUUCAAAAAGGCAACGACAGCACGCAUCGUUUCAUUCACGCAGUUCCGAUUCUUCUUGGGAAACUACUCCCCUCCCAUGGUGGGAUGGAACACCGUUCCCGCAGUUUUCUUCCUCCCGGCCGGGGCAGCUGCUGUACAUGCAAAUACCCAUAUCGGGCACCCGUUCAUACAAUGAAAUGACACUGCGGGUUUUCAAUGCGGAUGCUUACCGCUCAUUUCACUGUUCUGCUGCGGGUAGUACAUCCGUCUUGCUUCUUCACCAUGAUACAGUAAACCACAUCCUGCAUAUUGAAGAGCGUUUCAGGGAUGGGUCUCUGAGGGAGGAGUCGCAAGUAGAGAUCCGCCGAGUUUUGCAUGGUUCUCUGCUCCCUACCCGGACGGUGACAUCUUUACAAAAGGGUCCAGACUCCGUUCUCUGGAUAAAUUUGUUGACUACAAGGAGACUUUCAGCUGAUGAGAGCUUUUAUUACGCUCCUGCAGAUCUUCCGGGAAGAAUUGCCUCUGUACAAAGGGCAACAGGCUUCUAUGCUGAAGGAGACUGCCUGGGAGAGUGGUCUCCCCCGUUCUCUUCAGUCACUUGCUCGGAGUUUUGUGUCUCGCUGCAUGCAUAUCGAGUGAAAGUUGCAGCUCGUGGGGGCGCUGCAUGUGCAUUCCAAGCUGGCACCGAACUGGCAAGGCAUUGCCUCGAAAGUCCUUGUAGCCGUGUCGAGAUUGCGAGUAUAGCAGUUAACAAACAAUCGUUUGAGACUGUGCACGAGUCGGCAUUUGCAGCUGUUAGAGUUGCUCAGGAGUUCCAGCCGAAAGUGCCCGUGAACCCUGACCCUUCUGAAUUUGUUGAAUAUAAACACAGUGAAGUGUUGGUAAGGUCUACGGAAGACCUAGAUGUCGGUGAAAAUCCAGCAGAGCUGGAAUUAUGGCAGGACACGUUGCUUGACACCUCCACCCAAGUCCCGGUGGGGGCAGCGGGGGAUGCAUCUGCCACAAUCGAGAUGAAGAGUGCAGUAGAUGUUUGGCAUCUGAGAAUUGCAUUUGCCUCUGCAGCCGGACAAUCCGGCUCAGAAGCAGCUCAAGUGGGUUCGUUCGAUUUUUCAAUAUCUGUUGUGGAUGACAGCGGAGAAAAUAUCCAUACAUGGGAGACGAGCGUGCCUCCCUCCCCCGCAGCACAAAGUGUGUGGGAGCUGAUGGACGUGCGAUUGUACCGCGCUAAGACAAUUACAAUUAAGUCGGCAGUGCCUUUCAGGAUUGGAGAGGUCCAGGUGUUCGGCAUGCCUUUGGACACCUGCCCUACAGGAGGCUUUUUGGGUCCUCCCACGUGUACCAUCCCAUUUGUGCAGCGACUUAAAUCUCAUGACAGCCUCGAUUGCCAAGGAGCGUGGAGCGAGUGGACAGCCUGCCAAGCUGACUGCCGACGAAAAAGGCACGUGCGGAGGCUGUUUUCAUGCUUAAUAAAGCAUGGUUUUCUGCGUACUAGACUAACUCGGCUCGUUUCAGUGGAUGCUAACUUGCUCAAUGUGUGCCAUCUGAGACUCAUAAAUAUCUACGUAGCAAAUUUCCGUAUAUCGAAACUCCCACGGGGUAAUCGACUAGCCCAUGCUCUUGGAAUUGCUGCAGGUUUAUGCAAGUACUUCAAGCGGAAAAGGAAGGGGGGGUUCCCUGCCAAUUCUUCCAGCAUGAGCCUUGCGAGGGUGAGCGUUGUUAGCUUUCCCGUGCCGCCGGAUCAGCCAUCGUCAGGAGAAGAGGAUUCAACAGAAGAAAACACCUUAAUGAGACCGAUCGGCGGAAUAUUCUUAGUGGCGGCAGUGGGGUGCGUCCUUCUGCUGCUAGCGGGCCUUGAAAGUUGGAGGCGGUGGGGCACUUCCACGUCAGCGUAUCGAGAAGUACUCAAUAUACAGAGGCAAAGGGAUCUAAUUUCAGCACGCCAGCAAAUGAUGGAAUACAAAAAAAUGAUCCAGGAAUACAAGGACCAGCUCGAAGAGGAAGAUUGGGGGAGCGAGACUGGAGCGCUAGUUGAUAGCGGAGGGCAAGGCGGAUCUUUCUUCCUGCAGAAUGACGUUGCCGCCCCAGCUGCAGGACGUGAAGAGCCUCGGGAUGCGAGCAGCAUCCACAGCAGCGAAGCUUCUGAACCGCUUAAAACACAAUCUGGAUCCGGUAUACAAAGUAGUGAAUCAGGUAGUGAGGCGAAGGAGGAAGGCGCAUCAAUGGAGGGAUGCGAACCCUCCUAG